UGAUGAUAAUUUUGCUGUCACAGCAACUUCACAAAGAGUAGAAAAAAAAAUAAUAAUAUAUUAAUUGUGUGUGUUUCUUUUUUUCAUUUUAUUAAAUGUUUAAUUUUUUAAAAUUGAAAUUUGAUAUGUUAUAUCAUUGAAAAUAAUAGAAAUAAAAAAAGAAAAAAUAAAAAUAUAUAUAAUUGUAGUAAAUUAAUAUUUAAUCAAGUUAUUGAUUUUUAAAAAUUUUAUUAUCAUAAUAUCAAGUGUUUUUAUUUGUUAAAAAAGAAAAAAAUUAUUAUUAAUUGACAAUUUAAUAAUAUGAUUAUUAAUAUGAAUAAUAAAACAUUAACUUGGCUGGAUUAUGUUAUUGUUUUCAUAACAUUAUUGAUCAGUUCAUUAAUUGGUUUGUACUAUCGAUACACUGGUGGACGACAAAAAACAACUCAAGAAUUUUUUAAUGCAAAUCGUGAUAUGGGAGUUGUAACAAUAGCCAUUGGAUUAAUGGUAUCUUAUUUAUCAGCAAUUAGUCUUCUUGGUGUUAGUUCAGAAAUAUAUAAUUAUGGAACUCAUUAUUCUGUUAUUAUUAUUGGAUAUGUAUUAGCAACACCAAUUAUUGCAUAUUUUUAUUUACCAGUAUUUUUCAAACUGAAUUCAACAAGUUCAUUUCAAUAUUUAGAAAUGAGAUUUGGUAAUACAACAAAAUUAAUAACAAGUACAAUUUUUUUAUUACAAUUUUUACUUUAUUGUGGUGUUGUUAUUUAUGCACCAGCAUUAGCAAUUGAAUCAACAACUGGUUUAUCAGUAACAAUGAGUGUUGUUAUUAUGGCUAUUGUUUGUACAUUUUAUUCAACAAUUGGAGGUAUCAAAGCUGUACUAAUUACUGAUGUUUUUCAAGCAAUACUUAUGAUUAUAUCUGUUGUUAUUGUUAUUGUCAAUGCUGCAAUUGAUGUUGGUGGAAUUUAUGAAAUUUUUAAUAUUGCUCAACGAGGUGGACGAAUUGAUUUUAACAAUUUUUCAAUGGAUCCAACAACAAGACACUCAUGGUGGAGUGUAACAAUCGGUGGAUUUUUUACUUAUCUUUCAAUUUAUGGUGUUAAUCAAGUUCAAGUACAAAGAAUGUUAACAAUACGGAAAUUAAAAAAUGCACAAAAAGCUGUUUGGUUGAGUCUACCAAUAACAAUUAUUCUCGUUAUUGGAAUAUCAUUUUCUGGACUUGCAAUUUAUUCAAGAUAUCAUAAUUGUGACCCAGUUAAAAAUGGAGAAUUAUCAUCUGAUGAUCAAUUAAUGCCGUAUUAUAUAAUGGAUAAUUUAUCAAAAUAUCCAGGUGUACCUGGUUUAUUUAUUGCUGGUAUUUUUAGUGCUGGAUUAAGCACAAUAUCAGCAAUACAAAAUUCAAUUGCUGCAAUUAUUCUUGAAGACUAUAUUAAACCAUUUUAUAAAUCCAGGAAUAUGGAACUUGACGAAAAUAGAAAAACAAUUAUUGGUAAAUUAUUAGCAAUAUUUACUGGAAUAAUUUGUCUUGGGCUAUCAUUUAUUGCAAGUUAUUUUGUAAAUGUAUUGCAAGCAGCACUGACAAUAUUUGGCAUUGCUGGUGGUCCAUUGUUGGGCAUUUAUACACUUGGAAUAUUUUUUGAAUCAACAAAUCAAACUGGUGCAAUUACUGGUUUAUUAGUGAGCCUAAUAUUUUCAUCAUGGAUUGGUUUUGGACAACCCAAGCCAAAAAUAAUUAAACUCAAUGCUGAUACAAGUAAUUGUUAUUCAUCAAAUUUAACAAUAACAAAUAAUUUAAAUUACAAUAAUUCUAGUAAUGAUUAUGAUUAUUUUUACCUUUAUCGUAUUUCAUAUAUGUGGUAUUGUUUUAUUGGUUUUUUUUGUUGUUUAAUUGUUGGUUUAUUAAUAUCAAAAAUUAAAAAUUUAACUGAUAAAUCUAAUCAGCAUAAUGAUAAUGUUAACCCAGAUCUUUUUACACCAUUUAUUGCUGAAAAAAUUCGUAAACGUCAGUCUAAAAUUUAAUUGUUUUAAAGCUUAUUAAAAAAUAAAUAUUAUAAAUGUAAUUUUCAUUAAUAUUUUUUGAAAGAAAAAAACAUUUAAACACUCUAUUUUUAAAUGUUAUUUAAGGGUGUUUUUAAAUAUCUAAACUAUUUAAAAAAAAAAAUUAAUUAAAAUAACUUUCUUAAAUAUUUUAACCUUUAUUUUUUUAAUACUAUUUUAUAAAAAACAUGUUUCUAGCUAUCUAAAGAAACCAAUAAAAAAUAAACCCCAUUAAAAACCAUAAAAUUAAAUAAUUAAAAUGACUAUUUUUAGUUUAAAAAAAAAAAAAAAAAAUCUAAAUAAAUUUUUUAAAACCAACUUAAACAUUAUCAUAUAAUUUAAAAUUAAAUUUUAUGAUAAUUUUAUUCAUAAUAAUUGAGGAAUAAUAAACAAGUAAUAAUCAUAUUUUUUUUUUUUAUGAUUAUUUUUCAAUGAAAAAAAAAUAAGAAUAAAAUUUAAAAAACAAUUUCUCGUUUUAUUCUUUUAAAUAAAAAUUUUUUAAAUAAUAUUUUUUAUGUAUAAAGAGAUAGGACUUGAAUAUUGAAAAUAUCAUAUAUUUGUUCAUUAAUACAUCGAGUUUUUAAAUAUGUUUAUGUAUAUACCAAAAAAUUACUUGGCAAAUCACUAUGGAAUGCUGUUGGACUGGUGCGCGCCGUAGCAUGCCAUACAGUUCGCGAGUCGCGACAUAUAAUACAUACAACACACUCAAAAGCCAGAAUGACCACGCCGGUAAAGAUCGCUUACGUAAAAAAAUGUUAACGUAACAUGACGCAUGUGAAUAUAUAAACAAAUAAUAACAAUAUGAUAUUAUUAAUAAAAAAAAAUCAAGAAAGAAAUAAAAAAAAAGAUAAUUGUCGAAUUUUUAAAUUAUCAUUUUUAUGAUUUUUUAAUUUCAUCAUCAAGUAUCCCCUUAUUAUUUUAUUAAUAUAAUAUUUUUAAAAAUUUUGUAUUCAACUAAUUUGUGAUAAUAUUAUUUUUUUUUAUUUAAUUAUUUAGCUUGGGCUGUUGAAUAUGCCUAGAACCCGUUAGACUAUCUUCUACGCCCCCGUAUAAUACAUUCGCCAAGCAAUUUAAUUCAAAAUCACUAACGAGCUAAAAAUAUAUAUAUAUAUACUGUUAACCCUAAAAAAAUAAAUAAACAAUUAUUAUUAUAUUCAUCAAAUUAAAAAAAAAAUAAUAUUUUAAUUUGAAUAAUGUAAUUUAAAUUAAAUUUAAACUGUAAAAAUUACAUGAUUUUUUUUUGGCUUUUUUAUUUAGUUUAAAAUUUUUUUUUUUAAAUAUAAUUUUUUAUUAUUGUUAAUAAUAAUUGAGUGAAUAAUAAUUAUUGAUAGUUAGAGAUUAUUAUAGUAAUAGAAUAAUAGCUGUUAGGAUUGGUUGUUUGAUUGUAUAAUUUUUUUUUUGUUGAAAAAUGAAAAAUAUUGAUUUUAAAUUGAUAAA